CACUGAUGCCUCCCCGUGCAUCCGGCUGCCAUGGCCUGUGGCCCAUCUCCUCUCUUUGAUAAGCUUAGACUCACUCCCAGACUUAAGGUCUGGGUCCACAACUCCAGGUCCUCGCUGCGGCCUGAGGGUUCCUCAAAUCCGAGAUCUCUGAGUUGGUCGUCUUGAACCCCUAGCCCAUGGCACUGUGCCUGGUACUUGGAGAACUCAAUAUAUGUUGGCAAAAUCGAACUCCACGCUAAGCAAGCGCCCACCUCUCAACACGCGGAGGGAGGGGAAUGUGCGAGCGGUGGAGGCAGAAGGGAGGGCUGGCCCUGUGCCCGUGUACACAGGCCGGGGGCUCCUGGAGCUCGGGCAGGAGGACCACGAGGCGGGAGAGCGGAGCCUUGGCCAGCAGAGAGCGGGCAGUGCAGGACGCCGAGGGCUCCCUCGGCUCCUCCCCUCCUCCUCCCGCGCCCCCUCCCCUCCCCUCCCCGCGCCCGGCCUCCUCGGGUUCCGCCACCCCGCCCCGCGCGGCCGCGCCAGGGAGGGGCCGGGAAGGCGGAGCCAGCGGCGGCCGAGGCUCCAGCACCCUCACAGCUCCGGGUGGUGGGGCCGAGCUCCCGGCUCGCCCAGGUUCCUCCAGAAAGCGGGCUGGAGUCUGUGCUCGGCCGCUCCGGGGUAGUGGGGGGCACAGCUGGAAGGAGCCAGAGGAAUCCACAGGCAGAGCUUGGGAUCUGACCAGCACAGACAUGCCAGUGCUGUCCGAGGACUCUGGUUUGCAUGAAACCCUGGCGCUGCUGACCUCUCAGCUCAGACCUGACUCUAACCACAAGGAAGAGAUGGGCUUCCUGAGAGAUGUUUUCAGUGAGAAAAGCCUCAGUUACUUAAUGAAGCUGUCUUUGCAGAUCCACGAGAAGCUUCGCUAUUAUGAGAGGCAAAGCCCGACCCCUGUGCUGCACAGUGCUGUGGCCCUUGCCGAGGAUGUGAUGGAAGAGCUGCAGGCCGCCUCCGUGCACAGCGACGAGAGGGAGCUGCUCCAGCUGCUGUCCACCCCCCACCUCAGGGCCAUGCUCAUGGUACAUGACACGGUUGCCCAGAAGAAUUUCGACCCUGUUCUCCCCCCUCUGCCUGAUAAUAUUGAUGAGGAUUUUGAUGAAGAAUCAGUGAAGAUUGUCCGCCUGGUGAAGAACAAGGAACCCCUGGGCGCCACCAUCAGGCGGGAUGAGCACUCGGGGGCUGUUGUGGUGGCCAGGAUCAUGCGAGGGGGUGCAGCGGACCGGAGCGCCCUGUGUCUCCUAGGCCUCGUCCACGUUGGAGAUGAGCUCCGUGAAGUGAAUGGGAUCACCGUCCUGCAUAAGCGGCCCGACGAGAUCAGCCAGAUUCUGGCACAGUCCCAGGGAUCCAUCACCCUGAAAAUCAUCCCCGCUACCCAGGAGGAGGACCGUUUAAAGGAGAGCAAGGUGUUCAUGCGGGCCCUUUUCCACUACAAUCCUCGGGAGGACCGGGCCAUUCCCUGCCAGGAGGCAGGCCUGCCCUUCCAGCGCGGGCAGGUCCUGGAGGUGGUGAGCCAGGACGACCCCACGUGGUGGCAGGCCAAGCGCGUGGGGGACACCAACCUUCGAGCUGGCCUUAUCCCCUCCAAGCAGUUCCAGGAGAGGCGACUAAGCUACCGGAGAGCCACGGGCACCCUGCCGAGUCCCCAGAGCCUCAGGAAGCCCCCUUAUGAUCAGCCUUGUGACAAAGAGACCUGUGACUGUGAGGGGUACCUCAGGGGUCACUACGUGGCUGGUCUUAGGCGGAGCUUCCAGCUGGGCCGCAGACAGAGGCUAGGAAGCCCACAAGAAGGAAAUGCAUCCAUAGGAGGCGAGUCUCCAGAGCUGCUGACCUAUGAGGAGGUGACCAGGUACCAGCACCAGCCUGGUGAGCGGCCUCGCCUGGUGGUUCUGAUUGGGUCUCUGGGAGCCCGACUACAUGAGCUGAAGCAGAAGGUGGUGGCAGAGAACCCACAGCACUUUGGUGUUGCGAUUCCACAUACCACCAGGCCCCGCAAGAGUCAUGAGAAGGAGGGGGUGGAAUAUCACUUCAUCUCUAAGCAAGCAUUUGAGGCCGACUUACAUCACAACAAGUUCCUGGAGCAUGGUGAAUAUAAGGAAAAUCUCUAUGGGACCAGCCUGGAUGCCAUCAAGGCUGUGAUGGCCAAAAACAAAAUUUGUUUGGUGGACGUGGAGCCAGACGCCCUGCAACAACUGAGGACCUCAGAAUUCAAACCCUAUGUUAUAUUUGUAAAGCCUGCAAUUCAGGAAAAAAAGACGCCACCCAUGUCCCCAACUUGUGAGGACUCGGCAGCCCCACUUGGUGAGGAGCAGCAAGAGAUGGCUGCCUCCGCCGCCUUUAUAGAGCAGCAUUAUGGGCACCUGGUGGAUGCUGUGCUGGUGAAGGAGGAGCUCCAGAGCGCACACAGCCAGCUCAGAGGGCUCUUAGAGAAGCUGAGCAGGGACACUCACUGGGUACCUGUUAGUUGGGUCAGGUAACUGUAUCCUAGAACACCUAGGUGGGAGGGGACCUGGAAGAACACCUAGCCCCGGCAGCCCCAUGUUACCAUCAAGGAAUCUCAAGCAUGGAGAGGGCCAGAAUUUCCCAUAAACUCCCUCAUCAAGAACAG